GUCAUCCUGAUAACAUCGCAGAAAUAUUCAGAUCAAUGCAUCCCAAAUAUGAUUGGUACAACCUCGUGAGAUUGUGUCCUCCGCAACCAUGAAAUUCCAGCUAACGUAAAAAAGCACAAAAAAUGUUAAAGACAUUAUUACUCGGUUAUUAUUUCAUACUCCUAACCUCAAAUGUGAACAUUUUGGGUGAACAAUUCCAAGCAUGCGAUUCGUCCAGCGAUGAAGAAGAUUUAAAUGCGGUUAAAGAAGACCUGUUGCAAUUUCAACAAGCUCUAGAAAAUGCUCAACCAAAUGAAGAAUUUAAUAUUCCUGCAAAUAUGAAAUUGCCUUGCAAAACACAACACGUAGCUCAGAUAACUUGGCCAAGCGGAGCUCACGUUCUUUCAGGAGGAAUAGUAAAUUUCGAUGAUAUUCAGGAAAGGCCCAAAGUAAUAUGGCCUUGUCACGGAAGUAAAUUUUAUGGUUUAGUGUUCGCGAAUAUGGAUGCUGUAAUUGAGGCUGCUCGAAAAUAUGACAUAAAUGAUAGUGCAUGGAGAGAAUACCUAUGGUUUAUGUACAAUAUCCCUGGUAACAGAAUUAAUGAAGGCGUUGAAGUGAAACCAUAUCGCACACCUUCAAUAGAAAAAGGUGGAUCUUGUCGAAUCGUCGUUGCUGUGCAUGAACAAAGUCAAAGAGCCAAUCUUGAAAAUGUACAUAACAGCGAAAUGAGAGCUGAUGGAGCAUUUUUUGAAGUCUUCAAAACCUUCAAUGGAUCGCUUGCAGCUGGCAACAUGUUCACAGUUGUAAGAGCUUAAACUUUUUUCAGAAUAAUACCCAUAAAGCUUGGAAGACAACCAGAUAAGUCAAAUCAUUCUUCACUUCUUUAGUGAUAAUUAUCAACAAAUGCUAUUUUCUGUAAAUAGCCAGAUGAUCAAGGUCAAUUUUAAAUCAGCAACAGAACUUUUACCAGGUUUCCCUAAUCAACGAUUGAAUUGGGUCCAAAUAUUUGUCAAUUAUUUUCAUUGAUUGUAAUACGAUUUUUCAUGCAUGAAUAUCCCUUUGAAGAAAAUAUGUGAUGACACCAUUUGUGAAUCUCACUUAGGCACUAGGUACUUUUUCUUUUGUUUUUCUUACAUGCCAUUAGACCUUCUCUAAUCCAAGUACUUGAACGUGAGAAUAAAUCAAUAUUUUUUAAUAUAA